UUUCACUGCCUUUCAACGCCUUUUAAAUGCCUCGCUUUGCUGGCGCGUACAACUACUCCGUCCCUCAUGAAAACCCAAGAUUAUUUCAUCAUCAAACAUACUUCGAUUUAGGGCUCCAUUGAAUCCCACGAUCCCAACCUGCGUCUCCUCUUCUCCGCCAUGUCCUCCCGCCGGCGAACCUUGCUCAAGGUCAUCGUCCUCGGCGAUAGCGGGGUCGGGAAGACGUCGUUGAUGAAUCAAUAUGUCCACAAGAAGUUCAGCCAACAAUAUAAAGCUACCAUUGGCGCGGAUUUUGUUACAAAGGAACUUCAGAUUGAAGACAGGCUUGUUACCUUACAGAUAUGGGAUACAGCUGGCCAGGAAAGAUUUCAGAGUCUCGGUGUUGCCUUCUACAGGGGAGCUGAUUGCUGCAUCCUGGUUUAUGAUGUUAAUGUACGCAAAUCAUUUGACACUCUUGACAACUGGCAUGAAGAGUUUCUAAACCAGGCUAGUCCGACUGAUCCCAAGACAUUUCCCUUUAUUCUUCUUGGAAACAAGGUCGACAUAGAUGGUGGGAACAGUAGAGUGGUUUCUGAGAAAAAAGCGAGGGAGUGGUGUGCUUCCAAGGGCAAUAUUCCUUACUUUGAAACUUCAGCUAAAGAAGAUUACAAUGUCGAUGCUGCUUUCCUAUGUGUUGCCAAACUUGCACUGGCCAAUGAUCAUGAACAGGAUAUAUAUUUCCAGAACAUUCCAGAUCCUGCUCCUGAAUCUGAUGGGGGGAGAGGAGGAUGUGCCUGUUAAUGCCUCUGCUUCUCUCUAGGUUUUAUCCCUCUCUCAUGAUCCUCCCAAAUUUUCCCUCACGAGUUACUGCAUGUAGAAUGCCAGCUUAUCAAGAUCAGCUACGUGUUUUUGUAGUAGUUGGAAACUACAUCUUGUCUCCCCACGUUUUGUUUGUUCAUGCAUUUCUAAGCAUUUGGGACUAAUUGCUGCCUGAGAUACAUUAUUAAUGUUUCUUUAUUGCAGACUAGUGCUAUCAUCAUGGCAACAUCAAAUUUCUUGCUUUCUCCUUUAAAGGGUUAAAAUACAGUAGCUAUCUUUAAGGGCAUUAUAAUAGUUUAUUGUGAGUGCUUAUGUCAAAGUGCAUUGAUUGGGGAUAAACAUGAACCCCCAUAACCAUCACCCCUGUAACACAUGGCAGGCAACAAACAAGAGACAUGUAUGACCUAACAUCAUUCUGGCAAUAUUUAAAGUGCUGGUGCAUGAGUCACCAAUGAACA